CCCGCUCCCCCCGCCGCGGGGAGCAGCUGCCGCGCUCCCGGGUGGCACCGGCGCCGCUGCCGCCCCCGCCGAGCCUUCGGGGGAGGGCCGGGGCCAGGAAAUGAGGCAGGCAGCCGGGGCGGCGGAGAGGAAGGUAACGGCGCUUCCUUCCCCGCCCCAGCUGCGCUGCCCGCUGGGCCCGGCUGCCUCCCGUUCCCCGGGCAGGGCCGGGGCUGCUGCGGCCGCAGGCCCGGAGUGUCCCCGGGCAGGGCCGGGGUCGGGCCCGGCCCGGCCGCCUCCGAGGGACUACGUGCCGCAGAUAUCUGUACAUCGAGGUCCUCUUGCAUCACUGUUAUUCAGGAGCCCUGGAAGCCCACUUGCUGCCCUUCCUCCCAGUUUCACCUCCUGCUGUAGCUGAACUGUUGAGAUAAUGGAGCUCGGGGCUGUGGUAGCCACUGUGGAAAGUGGGGAGCAAGACACAGUUCUCAGGGUGCUUCAGAUCUACAACCAGGAGAAAUCUCAGUGCUUCACCUUUGAUGAUGAGGAACGGGAAGAGAGGAAGAAAAUGGCCCAGCUGCUGAUCAAGUUCCUGGAAAGAGAGCUGCAGCCGUCCUGCCAGGUUACCUGCUUGGAAAGCAUCCGCAUCCUGUCCCGGGACAAAUACUGCCUUGAGCCCUUCACCACCAGGGAAGGCCUGAAGACCCUCUCCAGGCAUGCGGGCAUUGAUUACUCCGAGGAGCUCAUCCGGGAGGUCCCAGACUUGGAUGUAAUCCUGGAAUCCCUCAAAUGUCUCUGCAACAUUGUCUUCAGCAGCCCUAGGGCACAGGAGCUGACAGCUGAAGCCCGGCUGGUGGUGGGGCUGGCCAAGCGCAUCAAACUGUACAAUGAGAGGAGCCUUCCUCACGAGGUCAAGUUCUUUGACCUGCGUCUCCUGUUCCUGCUGACGGCGCUGAGAGUGGACAUCCGGCAGCAGCUAGCCCAGGAGCUCCGGGGCAUCAGCCUGAUGACAGAUACCCUGGAGCUCACCCUGGGUGUAAAGUGGAUGGACCCCUACGAAGUUGCGACCGAGGAGGGCCUUCUCCCACCUUUGCCUCGGCAGGAAACAGAACGGGCCAUGGAGAUCCUGAAAGUGCUCUUCAAUAUCACCUUUGAUUCCAGCAAGAGGGAGGUGGAUGAGGAAGAUGCUGCUUUGUACCGUCACUUGGGUGCUCUCCUGCGCCACUGCCUCAUGAUCUCUGCUGAUGGAGAGGACCGAACAGAGGAGUUCCACAGUCAUACGGUUAACCUUUUGGGCAACCUGCCCCUGAAAUGUCUGGAUGUCCUCCUGACCCCAAAAGUCCGGCCAGGCUCACUUGAGUACAUGGGUGUCAACAUGGAUGCAGUCAGCAUCCUGCUGGAUUUCCUAGAGCGACGCCUUGACAGGGGACACAAGCUGAAGGAGAGUUUGACCCCUGUGCUGAACCUGCUGACUGAGAGUGCCCGAGUUCACCGCCAGACGAGGAAGUUCCUGAAGGCGAAGGUGCUGCCUCCGCUCCGGGACGUGAGGAAUCGGCCCGAGGUGGGCAACUUGCUGCGGAACAAGCUGGUGCGUUUGAUGACCCACAUCGACACCGACGUGAAGCACUGUGCAGCAGAGUUCCUCUUCGUGCUCUGCAAGGAGAGCGUGUCGCGGUUUGUGAAGUACACGGGCUAUGGGAAUGCAGCUGGGCUCCUGGCAGCACGAGGCCUCAUGGCUGGUGGUCGGGAAGAGGGAGAGUACUCGGAAGAUGAAGACACAGACACUGAGGAGUACAAAGAGGCAAAGCCCAACAUUAACCCUGUGACGGGACGUGUUGAAGAGAAACUGCCCAACCCCAUGGAAGGGAUGACUGAAGAGCAGAAGGAAUAUGAAGCCAUGAAGUUAGUCAACAUGUUUGACAAAUUAUCCAGAGAGCAAGUCAUCCAGCCCAUGGGCAUCACGCCGAGCGGCAACCUGGCCCCCAUGGAGAACGCCAUCCGCGAUAUGGCUGACGAGAGGUCGUCGUCCGACUCGGACCUGGGGCUGGACUGAUCCAGACCUCUCGCCCCAGCCUCGCAGAGCUGGGGAGCCUCCAUCCGCUCUCCCUCUAGAACUGGUGCUACACCCAGAGGCUAGUACUGGGCCGGGACUCUCCCUGUGGGAUCCGGGUCCAGGCUGGACCUCUCACAGUCCACAACAAGGAACGCCUCCUGCCUCUUUCCCAGCUCCACAACCGCCUCUCCUUCCAGAGGGUCUUCAUGGCCUGGCUCCACCUUGGUCUCUCCUCUCAGCAACCUUGAGGAUUUCAUACUGCGAAUUGCUUCCAGGACUUUCCAAUAAGACUUUUUUUUUAUUUUUAAAUACAUCAUGUUUGGGAAGAAGGAUGGUGGGGGCGGGGGGGGGGGGAGCGUGGAUCUUCCUGUCACACCAUCAGGGUUCAGCAAUCUGCGGAGCGUCUCGUGUACGUGCCGAUGACCGUGCGGCCGCUUGUCAGCGCGUGUGUCGCUGGAGGUGGCUGCGUGUGGGGGGAGCCGCUCCCCCAGGACGCGGCUGGGACGGUGGGGCUGCAGGCGGGGGGGGGUGU